AUGAAGUUACUGUUUUUAAUAGCAUUUGCUGCUUAUUUUGCAAAGAAUACAGUUGUUUCAAAACCGGACAGAGCCGACUAUCCAUUAUACGUUCAAGUUUUCCCUUAUGAUUCAGAGUGCAGUGGAAACGUCUCCUUCAUAGCAAACCCGCCCGUCACGGAUGGAAAGGGAGCUUACUCAUUCCUUGAAAAUGUAUCCUCAGUAUUGGCUGUUCCGGCGGAAGAUGGAAGUGUAACAUGUCUUAAUUUAAAUAAAACACUUCCAACGUGCUAUAAAGGAAAUGAACCAAGAUGCUUUCAAAUGUCAAGCACUACUAAUCAAUUUACUUUAAGCAUCAAUGACUCUUCUCAUCCGGUAAAAGGUUCGUCGAAUGAUUACACGACCGGUUUUCAUUAUUUGCUUACCCCCAAUACCACCUUUGAGUAUGUGCACAAUAACUCUAAAAACGGUGAAAACCAUUCGUCUGUGGUGGAAGAAACUUUCCUAUAUGAAUGCCAUCGCAACAAAAGCUGUGAGUUUAAUCUACAACUCACUAAUAAAACUCUCGGCAGUUGUAGCGAUGCGAAAACUUGUUUACAAAGCGGCAAGGGAGGCGCGUUCGAUAGUGUGGAUCUUUUUCUAAGCACCAUUUAUGAUCAAGUUGGGAGAACGGGCCGGCGCACCGAUGAUUCAUACAUAUCACCUAAUCUGAAGACAAUAUCAAGCUCCAAAUCUGUUAAUAUCACCAAAGUCGACGUGUCAGCAUCGCCUUCCUCUUCGCAAACUUCUUCUUCUGCAUCGUCUUCUUCUUCUGCGUCUUCUAUUUUGACAGCGAAUAACUUGCUUGUAUCUCUAUUUACUUUACUUACGUUAGCUUUAUUAGCUUGUACAUAA